GGGCCCAGGAAGGGGAGCUGGGGCCUCGCCGCCUUCGUCCUCAUGGCUCUGCUGCUCCUGGGCCUCUUGGCGCUCCUGGGGCUCUGGGGGCUGCUCUGCGCCUGCACCCACACCCCCUCCACAGCCCCUCGCUGGCCCCCUGGGCCGCGCCCACUGCCGCUGGUCGGGAACCUGCACUUGCUGCGAGUGUCCCAGCAGGACCGGUCACUGAUGGAGCAGCUCUCAGAACGGUAUGGGACGGUGUUCACAGUCCACUUGGGGUGCCAGAAGACAGUGGUGCUGACGGGCUACGAGGCAGUGAGGGAAGCCCUGGUGGGCACCGGGCAGGAACUGGCCGACCGGCCCCCCAUCGCCAUUUUCCAGCUCAUCCAGGGAGGUGGGGGUGUCUUCUUUUCGUCUGGGGCGCGCUGGAGGGCAGCCCGCCAGUUCACGGUGCACGCCUUCCACAGCCUGGGCGUGGGGAGGCAGCCUGUGGCUGACAAGGUCCUGCAGGAACUGAGGUGCCUCGCGGGACAGCUGGACAGCUAUGGAGGCCGGCCCUUCCCCCUGGCCCUGCUGGGCUGGGCCCCCUCCAACGUCACCUUCACUCUCCUGUUCGGCCGGCGGUUUGACUACGGGGAUCCUGUGUUCGUGUCCCUGCUGGGCCUCAUCGAUGAGGUCAUGAUCCUCCUGGGGAGCCCCAGCCUGCAGCUGUUCAACAUAUACCCCUGGCUCGGGGCCCUCCUCCAGCUGCACCGGCCUGUCCUGCAGAAGAUUGAGAAGGUGCGAACCAUCUUGAGGACCCUCCUGGAGGCACAGCGGCCCCCCACACUCCAGGGGGGCCCAGUGCAGAGCUACAUGGAUGCCCUGGUGCGGCAAUGCCAGGGGAAAGACCCCGAGGGCCUGUUUGCCGAGGCCAAUGUGGUGGCCUGUGCCCUGGACAUGGUCAUGGCUGGCACAGAGACCACGUCAGCCACGCUGCAAUGGGCCGCCCUCCUGAUGGGCAAGCACCCGGGUGUGCAGGGCCAGGUGCAGGAGGAGCUGGACCGUGUGCUGGGGCCAGAGCGGCCUCCGCAGCUGGAGGACCAGCAGCUGCUGCCUUACACCAAUGCUGUACUGCACGAGGUCCAGCGGUUCAUCACGCUCCUGCCCCACGUGCCGCGCUGCACGGCCACUGACAUGCAGCUGGGCACCUACCUGCUCCCCAAGGGCACACCUGUGGUCCCCCUUCUGAGCUCCGUGCUCCUGGACAAGACACAGUGGGAGACCCCCCACCAGUUCAACCCUGGCCACUUCCUGGAUGCCGAGGGGCGCUUUGUGAGGCGGGCGGCCUUCCUGCCUUUCUCUGCAGGCCGCCGUGUCUGUAUUGGGGAGGCCCUGGCCCGGUCGGAGCUGUUCCUGCUAUUUGCCGGCCUUCUCCAGAGGUACCGCCUGCUGCCCCCACCUGGCCUCAGCCCCGCCACCCUGGAUACCACGCCCACCCCGGCCUUCACCAUGAGGCCGCCAGCCCAGGCCCUGUGUGCAGUGCCCAGGAACCAAGGCACUGACUGAGGGUGGUCUGGCCUGCACUGCCGAGCAGAGUCCCUGCCUGGGGUGCUCUGCGGAUGACGGAGGCAGGAUGGACGGCCCAUUGUUGGGUACUGCACCUGAGUCCCCAGACUUCUCCUGUCUCCCCCAGGGCCCCCAGUCUGAGCAGGACUCCCUCCCUCCUCCCAGACCCCUCCAGCUCCUGCCUGUGCACCCAGCCUGCCCCCCACCGGCACCCUGGCUGCCCAGCAACCUCACUGACGCAGCUUUGCCACAUAAGCCUCCACAGGACACCAUUACACGGGCACAACUAUUGCUUAUCUACAAUUCACAUUUAUCUGGCAUCCUGUGUUCUAUCUGGCAACCCCCUCGUGGCCUGGGGCCUUCCCACCCUGGCCACCCUCACAGUGGGGGCUGCCCUGUUCCACAGCUGAGUGGGCCCAGGCCCUGGGUGGGGGGUGCAGUGGGCUGGUGAGGAAGCAAAGCAGCCUUUCAGCCCAACCGCCCUCUGAGAGCCUCUUCUCUGGUCACUAUUCUGCUUCCGCAUUUCAUCUACCCUAGACCCUUCUGUUUUUGAAGCCUUGGCUUUUGAAAUUAAAAAGCCUAGAACCA